AUGUACACUAUAGAGUUUCAGAAACGUGGCCUACCACACGCCCAUAUCCUCUUGUUCUUGCAUCCCACAUCUAAGCUUCCGAGUACAGAUGAUAUUGAUAGGAUUAUUUCAGCCGAAAUACCUAAUAAGGAGGAAGAACCAGAACUCUUUGAUGUGGUUAAAGAUAUGAUGAUUCAUGGACCAUGUGGAGCAGCUAAUAUGAAUUCUCCAUGCAUGGAGAAUGGAGUGUGCUCAAAGGGAUACCCAAAAUCCUUUUCUGAACAGACAACGGUUAACAGCGAGGGAUUUCCAAUUUACAAAAGAAGGGAGCAACCAGGUUGUUUCGUUGAGAAAAAUGGUGUCAAAUGUGACAACCGGCAUGUCAUUCCUUACAACAAGAAACUAUCUCUGCGUUAUCGUGCUCACAUCAAUGUGGAAUGGUGCAACCAAGCUGGUUCUAUUAAGUACUUAUUUAAGUACAUUAAUAAAGGAGUAGAUCGUGUUACAGUGGCUGUUGAGCCUCCUGCUCAUAUCGUGGAGAGUAUGUUGGCAAGUGGCGAUGUUAACUUGGAAGGAAACGUUGAAACAAACGUCGAUGGAAGUGUCCCAACGAACGUGGAUGGAAGUAUCGAUGGAGGGAAUGUCGAAAAGAAGAAGAAUGAAAUUAAAGAUUUUUUUGAUUGCAGAUACGUUUCUGCAUGUGAAGGAUCAUGGAGAAUCUUCAAAUUUCCUAUUCACUAUCGAUCUGUUUCAGUGGAGAAACUUAUUUUUCAUCUACCCGGUAAACAAAAAAUUAUCUUCAGGGGAAAAGAUAAAAUGCAAGCUGUUGUCAGUCGUAAGCUCAUUGAGAAUACAAUGUUUUUGGCAUGGUUUGAGCUGAAUAAAGUUGAUGCUCUUGCGAGAACAUUAACAUAUGCUCAGAUACCAAACUUCUUUACCUACAACAAGAAGCAGAAGAAGUGGAUAAGAAGGAAAAGAGGUUUUAGCAUUGGAAGGAUUAACUAUGCUCCUCGGAUCCAGGAAGAUGCAUAUUAUUUGCGUGUGCUACUGAACAUCGUUAAAGGUCCUACAAGCUACGAUGACAUCAAAACCUAUAAAGGAGUUCUUUAUCCAGGAUACAAAGAAGCAUGUUCUGCUCGAGGCUUAUUAGAUGAUGAUCAAGAGUACAUUGAGGAUAUUUUACGGAGAAGUUUGUUCAGCACAGGACGUGAACUACGAGAGAUUUUUGUGAUAAUGCUGCUCAGUAACACUUUGACAGCGCCAGAAGAUGUAUGGGAGAAGACAUGGGAGCACCUCUCAGAAGAUAUUGAAUAUAACCGAAGAAUCCAUUUCAAUAGACCAGGAUUGUUGUUAAGUGAUGCGGACAAAAAGAAGUAUGCUCUUCAAGAGAUUGACAGUAUUUUGAAGCGUAAUGGUACUUGUCUCGCUAGAUUCGAUAAAAUGCCAAAGGUUGCAAAGACGAGGCGUCAGGAUUCGAAUGUCUUGAUACUAGAUGAGCGCAACUAUUCAAGAGAAGAAUUAUUAGAAACUCUUGAAAGAGACAUUCCAAAGAUGACAGACGAGCAAAAGAAAAUUUAUGAUGAGAUCCUUACAGCCGUGAAUGAAGAAAAAGGAGGAAUGUUUUUUGUUUAUGGUUUUGGUGGAACUGGAAAAACCUUUCUCUGGAAAUUGCUAUCUGCAGCUAUUAGAUGUCGAGGAGAUUUAGUUCUCAAUGUUGCAUCAAGUGGCAUUGCUUCGUUGUUGUUGCAAGGAGGUCGGACUGCCCAUUCGCGUUUUGGAAUUCCUCUGAAUCCAGAUGAGUUUUCCUCAUGUACAAUGACUCCUGGAUCUGAUCAAGCUAAUUUAGUUAAAGAGGCUUCACUCAUUAUAUGGGAUGAAGCACCGAUGAUGAGCAAGUAUUGUUUCGAGGCUUUGGACCGGAGUUUGUCGGACAUUAUUGGAAAGGAUAAAAAUAACCCAUUUGGUGGAAAGGUUGUUGUACUUGGAGGGGAUUUAAGGCAGGUACUCCCUGUUAUCAAUGGAGCAUGUAGAGCUGAGAUUGUGUUGGCGUCACUGAAUUCUUCGUACCUCUGGGAACAUUGCAGAGUUCUUCAGCUCACAAAGAACAUGCGUUUGUUAUCUGGUUCUUUGGCGCCAGAGGAGGCAGCUGAUCUUAGAGAGUUUUCUCAGUGGAUAUUAGAUAUUGGGGAUGGUAAGAUUAAUGAACCGAAUGAUGGAGAAGCAGAAAUCAAAAUUCCUGAAGAGUUCUUAAUCCUAGACUCAGAGGAACCUAUAAAAGCAAUCAGCAAAGCGGUUUAUGGUGAUACUCUUUCGUUACAAGAACUCAAAGAUCCUAAGUUUUUUCAGCAAAGAGCAAUCAUGUGUCCAACUAACGAAGACGUCAAUACGAUAAACAACUACAUGCUAGAUAAGCUUGAAGGUGAAGAGAAGAUAUAUUUCAGUGCAGAUAGUAUUGAUCCUUUGGAUACAAGUUCAGUGAAUAACGAAGCUUUGGAUGCUGAUUUCCUCAAUUCUGUUAAGGUUUCUGGUUUGCCAAACCAUAGUCUUCGACUGAAGGUCGGUUGCCCUGUCAUGGUUCUACGGAACAUUCAGCCCACUGCAGGUUUAAUGAAUGGAACGAGACUUCAGAUAACCGAACUUAUGGAUUUUAUGGUCGGGGCUAAGAUCAUAACUGGAGAAAAAGUUGGGGAAACUGUUUACAUUCCAAGAUUGUUGAUUUCACCAUCAGACACCAGGUUACCCUUCAAGAUGCGCCGUAGGCAAUUGCCUUUGGCUGUUGCUUUUGCAAUGACAAUCAAUAAAAGUCAAGGGCAAUCAUUAUCCGAAGUUGGUCUCUUUCUACCAAGACCGGUGUUUUCACACGGACAACUAUAUGUGGCAGUUUCUAGAGUUACAUCAAAGAAAGGACUGAAAAUUUUGAUUGUUGGCAAAGAUGGAAAACCUCAGAGAAAAACUAUGAAUGUGGUUUUCAAACAAAUUUUCAGGGAUCUUGAAUUUAAACGAGCGUGA